GGCGAUUGAAGCGCGGGCAGCUCCUACACUUCCAUUGAUGAUCAAAGCGAUAUCUGCCGCACGGGCUGGAGAUAGAGAUUUUGUUACGCUAUGCUUACAAGAACUGGCGGAAACGAUUGACGCGGUCAGCACUCUGAUGCAGCGGCUAUACGAGCACUGCGACCCUCAUGUGUUCUAUCACAGAAUCAGACCGUUCCUGGCAGGGAGCAAGAAUAUGGGCGAAGCCGGCCUUCCAAAUGGCGUCAUGUUCGAUACUGGCAAUGGACCAACAGAGUUUCAGCAAUAUGGCGGUGGCAGCAAUGCUCAGAGCUCGUUGAUUCAGUUUUUCGACAUCGUUUUGGGGAUCGAACACCGUCCGACGGGUGCUAGUCGAGACGACGAGCCCUCGGAGAAGGAAUCGGAAGGAAUCCCUCCUAGUCCUCGACACAGCUUUAUUCAAGAGAUGAGAGAGUAUAUGCCCAGGUCCCACCGCCGCUUCUUAGAGCAUAUGGGGAGUGUGACCAAUAUUCGAGAGUUUGUCGACGCUCACCGCUCUGACAAAGCGUUGUGUCUGGCAUAUGAUGCAGCUCUAGCGAUGUUACGAUCCUUGCGCGACAAGCAUAUUCAAGUGGUCUCGCGGUACAUCAUUAUCAAAUCACGAGAACAACGACAUAAAUCGCGGUCGAUUAGCCCGCAGGCGGCGCGGUCGGUCGUGAACUUGGCGAAUGUGAAUCAGUCAGGCAACAAGAAACUCCGAGGGACUGGGGGUACGGCUCUGAUUCCAUUCCUCAAGCAGGCUCGUGAUGAGACUGGCGAACCAGCAAUCGAUGCCUGGGCUCGUCGCCUGUUGAGUGACAGACCUGGUGACCACAGUUUCGCAUCUCUCGGAAAGGUCGAUGAACACGCAGACGGACAGAUCGAGAUAGUUGGUAUGGCCGGGACAUGGGCAAUGGAUGACAGUGAAGGCGGUAUUUGUCAUUGGUAAUACGCUAUCAACACUUAACCAUAACACCCGAAGCUUAUGGAUUUAUUUACGCUUUACGACCAAACAAACAGUUGAUGAUUUCAUAGAAUUGCGGUUCUCCAAGUACGCAUUGGCUUAUCAACGACUACUACCCUUACUAUACGACAAAUUCGUUUCCAGUGAAAAUUUUUUGUCCUUAAAUGGGACUAUUGUAUAGAUAUUUCAAAACGAAGCAUAAUGGAUGUCUCCACUACAACUUUGAACAAA